GAAAUGACAGAGGCAAGAGGAAGGACGAGACAAACAGACGACGAUGCGUCAAUGCGAGACGUCGGCCGGGUUCUCGCGAAAGGAACAAUCGCGACGAUUGCGAAAGAUGAGAAGUCCAAUAGAGACUCGACGACCGUUGAGCCUGUGACGGAACAGGUGAAAGAGAAAACCUUCGUGACCUUGCAGGAGAACAGUCGAGAGAAGAAUACUGCAAAAGACGAAGACACAUCGUUGAUUGAUAAAGAGAGAAUCGAAAAGGAAGUAGAAGAAUUAGUCGAGGAAGCGAAAUAUAACGUCUACUUUAGUGGAGUGAACAGAGGAAGAGGAGGAGGCGAAGGUCAAACCAAAAUUUGGAGACAGUUUGCGUGCACAUCGGAACAGGGAAACAUGGCGAAGGUCAAACAGUCGCCGGGACCUUCAGUUUCCACACAACUGAACACCACGCGCAUCACAUCGCCGACCGGUAGAGCGAGAUCUAAAACGUUCCCCCAUUUGAAGUUGAACAAAGUGGACCCUGUUGAGGCAAUGACUAUAAGUAUAUCUGAAGAGGAUCAUGUCAGUGGAAGACCAAGGCACGAAAUAUCACACGAAACAACGCACGUUAAUCGAACUGCUAGAGGAGUAUGAGACGUUCACGUUGUUAAAUGAUCAAGUUCUGGAAAAUCGCAAUUCCAACAUCUUUGCCAUAUCUGUUCGUAUUUCAGGACGAAUUCACUGAAUUGUCGAGCCCUGUGGAUCGUCAAAUGACAGAUGCUUGCCCCUCUUGCGAGCGACAGAAGGUGUGAACGGCAAUUGAUAUCACUUAUCUUGUCAGUCCGAAAUUUAGUUUUUAGGUCAAAGUCUCGUUAUGUCUGAGAUUAACGAGAUUUCGAUCUAAAAUUAAAAAAUUAACGAUUAUAUGCUUUCUAGGAUCUCACACCCACCUCAGAUAAUUAUAGAUAUUAUACUGUUUAUAUGGACAAAAGGAGAUACUUGUGCGAAUUGUGUGCACCGUUAAGUUGUAAAAAGGUAAUGGCGCAAACUCGUCCAACGCGAAUAUGCUUGUUUACUGAAGGAAAAAAGAAAUUAUCAUCCCAUACGUUCGGUUAAAAAAUUCGUUCUGUAAUUGCGCAGAGCUCAUCAAUGAUACAUCGGAAAUCUCUUAAAUUCGCCGUUGAAAACAAUUUUCGUUAAUUUAAAAAAUCAAUUUGCUGACAGAAAAAUAUUUUUGUGCACUUUAGGUGACACGCAAGAUUAACGUCGCAAAGGGACUGCGGUGUAGUAAUUGUGGAGUCUCUCUUCAAGUCGUUGAUGUAAGUUGAAACAGUGACCCAGUAAUGAUCAUCGAAAUUAGGUUUCCUGGAUACUUGCUGCGUUCAUCUUGAUUUAUGACGUUAGAAGCGAGAAAAUACAUGCUCAAAAUCCCGCCUAAUGCGUUAAAAUAAAAGAAUGACGUUCCAAAAAAUGAUACUUGCAGUCAAUUAGUUGCAAAAAGGGCAAAUAUUUCAUUUAACGGAACGAGAUACGAGAUUGACUCUGACGUGCGUUGUCAAAGUCAUCACUCUGAACAACACUC